CGCCGUCGUCGACCGUCGCUGCCGCUGUUGCUCUGUCCGUUAAAAAUAUAUACUUAGGUACUUAUUUAAAAAAAAAUCGUCUACGAAAUUCGAGAAAAAAAACCCCCGCCGACAAACGCCGCUCGGUGUGGGCUCGCUUUCGUUCCAAGGGGGCCCGACGACCCCCGCCCAAAAUCUACAAAAAAAAAAAACCUAUACACACCCUCCCUGUGGUUUUUGGCGCUAGAGACAUUCUUUUUAUUUACCGCCGUGUACCGUGCGCGUUCGCUUGUGAGUGUUUUUUGUGUGCGUGCAUAAUAUUUUCACGAUAGUAUUAUAUUAUUAUUAUUGUGGUUAAAUCGCUUGGAAACGCAAAGAUGUGUUCGCCGCCUCCUCUUCCGCCGCCGCAAUCGUGGAUAACGCUGUCGGUCGCGAUUUUCUACACUAAGGUAAACUGAUAAAACUUAUGAGCCGUACAGCUGACCAACAUUUAAAAAGAUGUUUCCGAUCAUGUGACUAACACGAUGCGCCACGCAGAGGUAGUCGGCUUGUGGAGGCCGUCGGACACGCCGGCAUCCAAGACGCGCGUGUCCCGGGCCACCGAACAGGGGGCUUCGCACACGUCACAGGCUCACAAGUUCGUUAUAAAGUCCACGGCUAUGAUCCGGCAGUCGAGUCUCACCCGGUUCAUCGUUAACAAAAAAAGUAACAUAGGAAACGGUGAGAUUCAAUGGUGUUUCUCACAGGUUAAAGGCACGUUGGAAGACGAUGUUACCGAAGCUGAUUUAAUAUCCUGUGUGGAAUACAACCAUGAUGGUGAAUUAUUGGCAACAGGUGACAAAGGCGGACGAGUCGUCAUAUUUCAGCGAGAUCCAAUUAGUAAAACGUGUAUCCCAAGGCGAGGGGAUUACAAUGUAUACAGUACUUUCCAGAGUCAUGAGCCUGAAUUUGAUUACCUAAAGAGUUUAGAAAUAGAAGAGAAAAUCAAUAAAAUAAGGUGGCUCAGGCGUAAAAAUCAAGCUCAUUUUCUAUUAUCAACUAAUGACAAAACUAUUAAGUUGUGGAAAGUAUCUGAAAAAGAUAAAAAAAUUGAAGGAUACAACACGAAAGAAGAUACAGGAAUCAUGAGGGAUCCAAUGAAUAUUACAUCCCUAAGGGUUCCAGUAUUAAAGUCCAUGGAACUAAUGGUAGAAGCUUCUCCUAGACGAGUUUUCGCUAAUGCUCAUACUUAUCAUAUAAACUCUAUAAGUGUAAAUUCUGAUCAAGAAACUUACCUAUCAGCUGAUGACCUCCGAAUAAAUUUGUGGAAUUUGGAGAUAACUGAUCAAAGUUUUAAUAUUGUUGAUAUCAAACCUACAAACAUGGAAGAACUCACUGAAGUAAUUACUGCAGCUGAAUUUCAUCCACUCGAAUGCAAUUUAUUUGUAUACAGUAGUAGCAAGGGUACAAUCCGAUUAUGUGAUAUGCGAUCUUCAGCGUUAUGUGAUAAACAUGCUAAAUUGUUUGAAGAACAAGAAGAUCCAACUACGAGAAGUUUCUUCUCCGAAAUUAUUUCGAGCAUAUCAGAUGUAAAAAUUUCCAAUUCUGGCCGUUACAUGAUGUCAAGAGAUUAUAUGACUGUUAAAGUUUGGGAUUUGCACAUGGAAACCAAACCAAUUGAGACAUAUCCGGUGCAUGAAUACUUACGACCAAAACUUUGUUCGCUGUACGAAAACGAUUGCAUUUUCGAUAAAUUUGAAUGCUGCUGGUCAGGUAAUGAUCAGUACAUAAUGACUGGUGCCUACAAUAAUUUCUUCAGAAUGUUCGAUCGUUCGGCCAAACGCGACGUUACGUUAGAAGCUUCGAAGGAAAUUGCAAAACCCAAAACAAUACUAAAACCUCGCAAGGUGUGCAUUGGAAACAAACGCAAAAAGGAUGAAAUCAGUGUCGACUGCUUGGAUUUCAAUAAGAAAAUUUUGCAUACUGCAUGGCAUCCGAAUGAAAACAUUGUCGCUGUUGCUGCCACCAAUAAUUUAUACUUGUUCCAGGAGAAGUUGUAGCCUUCACUUUGACUACCGCUUUCGUCAUCUUUAAACGUUUUGACAAGAUGGGAUUCCGAUAGCGGAAUAACAAAAUGUAUAAGAAAAUACACACAACGUUGAGCCAUUUUGGCUUAAGAUGGAAAUAAGAUCUCUGCAUCUUAUUUACUCUAUACAAUAAAACUGAAAAAAAAAGUCAUGGAAUGUAAAAAUUAUUUCCUUUUUCAAGUUCGGCUCGUUAAAUAAAAUUAUUAUUUUUAACAUUGUUGUUCCCAAACAAAACAAAAAAAAAAUCAUAAUUUCUGCUUAUUUGCAGUUCUUAUUAAAACAAAAUUAAUUACUUUCUUUUUUAUAUUAUGUAUUUAUUAAGUAAUAAUUAACGUUAAUAACUUACAUUUUUCUAUUCUUUUUUUUUUUCUAUAAGUAAAAUCUUUCUAUUUUUUUCUACGAAAAACAUAAUAUAGUUAAUUUUUGAGGCGAGCCCAAUUUAUUAAAUUAAAAUAUCAAAACAAAAUAUUGUACCAGUGGUGCAUAGAUUAUGCUAUCAUUUAUAUAUUUAUUUAUUUUUGUGUACAUACCAAUGUUUUUAUGAUAAUAGUUAAAUGUGUAAGGUUUAAGAAAAAUUAUGAAAGGGAGUCGGCUGAAAGCUAAAUCAAAGAGAUAACUUUACCAUGUUGUCUCAUGUUGUUGUAUUUUCAAUUGAACUUUCAGUCAAAACACUCCAUUUUGGACGAAUAUAAAUUUGUUGAAAAUCAAAUUUAAUUUAAUACACGUAAAAUAAUUAUUAUUAUUAUAUAAAAUUGUUUGAUAACUUUAAAAAGCCUCGCAUCUAUUUUCGAUGAGCAGAGAUGGCUAUUGUUGUUUUUCUCUUUAUUUUUUACAAAGCUAAAAUUAUUUUUACGCCCGUGAAUUUUAUUUUCUGUACCUAUUUAAUAUUUAUUGAUGAUAAUAAUAAUAAUAAGUAUUAAUUGACUCGAAUUAGAUUAUUAUAUUUAUUAUAUAUUCACGUGCCAGUACACAAUAACUAUUAUUAUUAUUUUCAUGGAUGAUAUAGUAAUGUACUCGUCUAAGUAAAUUGGGUCUGGCGACUUUAAACUUCAAGUACUUGUUGAAAUCAUUUAUGUGAAGUAUGUUCAACUGUCUGUACCAACUAUUGUUUUACGCAAAAUGUGAUGCAAGAAUAUUGAGUACAAAAAACAAAAUUUUAAAAUAAAUCAACGAAAAAUUAUUGUGCUGGUUAAUUAUAAUAUUGUUGUAUAUUACAAAA